AUGAAAUUCACUCUCCUCACCCAAGUUGCUCUGGCCAUCUCUUCCAUUACUGGAGCUGUGGCUAAUCCUACUCCUGACUCCUCCACUGGUUCUGCUAUCGACAAACGGGCCUGUUCAUUGGCCGUCCAUUACACCAAAGUCUGGGUCAAGACCGGCUUGGAUAGAUAUCGAAUGUGGCUUGUCACUUCCCCUCGCAACGACCAACAUCUCCAACUUUUCUGCGAGGCAGGGCACGCUGCCCUCUAUUUUACAAACCAACAGUGCUUCUGGGGGGAUGAUGGAAAGUACUACAUUGAUGUGAGCGUGGCUCGAGGUCCUGCGGGACAUAAGUACAUUGAAGACACAUUUAAGGCGAUGUGUGAAGACUUUGAAAGGCUCACCGGAUGUGGAACAAUCAGAGAUUUCUAG